CUGGCAAAAUCCUUGACGACCAAAAAACAGCUAAAAAGAUGAAGGAUCUCUACAUAUCGUCACCAUUGUCAUCACCUAAUGGUAAAGGUUCUCAGCGUGGCCGAGGAUCGAAAGACUCGGUGCAACCGCAUGAAUACAUGCUCUCCAUCUACAAAACCUUCUCAGCAGCAGAGAAGUUAGGGCUGAAUGCAAGUCUUUUUCGAGCAUCUAAGGCUGCGAACACUAUUACAAGUUUUGUGGACAUUGGGCAAGAUGACCUGCUGACCUCUCCCCUCCAGAGACAAAAAUAUCUAUUUGACAUCUCGACCCUCUCUGAUAAAGUGGAGCUACUGGGCGCCGAGCUGCGGAUAUACACAAAGGUUUCCGGAAUCUUCCGGGCGUCCGAGAUGGGCGCAGUGGAAGUCCAGAUCUUGUCCUGUCAGUCGCACCACGUGCUGGACUCCAAAACCCUGGACCUGGGGGACUCUCUGAAGCCCCACUGGGAGGUCCUGGACAUAUGGGAGAUCUUCCAGGACUGGCAGAGGCACCUCCAGGGCCGCCACCUCUGCCUGGAGCUCCGGGCCAUGGUGGACAACCCCGAGAGGGAGGUGGACCUGCAGCAGCUGGGCUUCCGCCGACAUAACCGCCCGCACCUGAAGAAGGCCAUCCUGGUGGUCUUCACCCGCUCCAAGAAGCGGCAGAGCCUGUUCUACGAGAAGCGGGACAAGAUCAAGCGGCACGUGUCGUGGGAGAAGAAGAACGUGGGCAAGGAGAACAGCUCCCAGCAUCACCAACAACAACAGCAGCAGCAGCAGCAGCAGCAGCAGGUGAGGACCGGUCGUACUCGGCGCGCGGCGAUCUCCGCCACCGGCGGAGGCGGCGGCGGCGGCGGCGGCGGCGGCGCUCGUCACGGCAAACGCCACGGCCGGCGCUCGCGCUGCAGCAAGCGGCCGCUGCACGUGAACUUCCGCGAGCUGGGCUGGGACGACUGGAUCAUCGCGCCGCUGGACUACGAGGCGCACCACUGCGAGGGCGUGUGCGACUUCCCGCUGCGCUCGCACCUGGAGCCCACCAACCACGCCAUCAUCCAGACGCUGAUGAACUCCAUGCGCCCGGGCACCAUGCCGCCCAGCUGCUGCGUGCCCUCCAAGCUCAGCCCCAUCAGCAUCCUCUACAUCGACGCCGGCAACAACGUGGUCUACAAGCAGUACGAGGACAUGGUGGUGGAGGCCUGCGGCUGCAGGUAG